AUGUUGCUGCGGCGCACAUUGCGUUCUUGUUUGCUGGCCUUGCUUUUGACCCAGGUGGUGGCAGCCAGCUACAACUAUCGUCGCCAAGGGGGCGGAACAAACGACGACGACGACGACCUCCCUCCCAGACCAAGUGUGCCCUCUGUACCUGGAGUCCCCGACCCAACAUCAUCAUCGACUCCAACCUCAGCCCCCACUUCGACCCCGACCAGUUCCUCCGCAAGCGAGACCGCAUCUUCGGAGCCAGAAACCUCUUCUACCAAUACACCCCCGCCUGAAACGACACGGGAACCGACUCCAUCCACCCCUGCCGAGGACGACGACGACGAGGUUAUCACAACAACCGAGGAAGACGAUUUCACCACUAUCACAAGAACCAACACUAUAUCUGGUUCAGGUUCACGCAGCGCGCCUAGUGAAACGGCCACAUCAAAACCCAAGGAGGAUAAUGAUGAAGGUGAAGGAAUCGGAACGGGAUCGAUUAUUGGAAUGUCGGUUGCUGGGGGGCUCGCAGUGAUUGGGAUCAUCGCGUUCUUCGUCUGGAAACUUACCCGCAAGAAGUUCUCCACCUUUGAUGACAAUGAACCCAUCAAAUGGCCCGAGCUGAACAGUCAUGGUGCCGACUCUCAUCCCUUACCUGUGCGCGACACCGGUCGAGCAGGCUUUGACACUGGCUCGGACAAUUCCCUUUCCAGGGUCAACUCGAGCAAUUAUUCCACGACAGAUUUCGGCGGUCACCAGGACCCGUAUGCCGUACCACCGCUCCCACAUCUCAACCCCAAUCAACCAUACAGAGAUGAUCCCAAUGCUGCAGCUGGUUACUACGAUCCGUAUCGCGGCCCGGUCCCACCAACAGUCGAGCAUGGACAGGACUGGGCAGGCGAGGCGAUCCCUAUGACGCAGAUGCAACAAGGACAGGUUCACGCCGCGCCUCCUCCUCCUGCUCACGGAGGCUAUGACGCACAGGCACCUUACAAUGUUGGACGACAGAGCCCAGGACCACUUCAGGCUUACGACGCUGGUCGCGCAAGCCCGGCCCCUCCUAACAUGGGAUACCAAAGCUACGAUCAAUAUGGAGGAGAUCCUGCAGUUGGACGACAGAGCCCUGGACCGAACGCUGCCUAUGCUGGACGUAUGUCACCAGGACCGAACGCCGCAUUUGGUGCAGCCGGAUACGGGCAGGCUCCGCCAAGCUAUGGACCUCGAUGAUGGAGUGGAGGAUGU